AUUACCAGUUGUGCUAGCAAGUAAAUAUCGUCGCUUUAUUAAAAUAAUUUAUUUUUCUUUAGUGCUUUUCAAUACGAAAAUGGUGUUAUUAUAGCAAGAUUGGUACUUGAUUAAUUACUAUUUACGUUGAUAUAGUAAAACGUCAUCAGUAAUGAACUGUAAAAGAUAACUGAGUUUCUGUAAUGACUCCAAAAACAUUUUCGGGACCGAGAAAUGGAGAGACAGCAGUGUAAUUCACUUCAAAACUUUGACGAGCCUAAAACAGAAAUUUUGAAAAAAAGAUUAUUAAAAUCUUCGAGCGCCCCCGUUUCUACUAAUCUCUCACAGAAUAGUUCGCAGCACAAUGUGUUAUUGAAUACGUUACGUGCACCGAUAUCAAGCAGCAUGAUCGUGUCCUCAGUGCAGGCCCCUCAGAGCUCUAUGCCAAUUACUCAUAGUUUGGUUACCCACUCUAUUGCUCCUAUGAAAAUACAUGGCAACAAUGCCCCAUAUCCCCUCCAGCUGUCUACAGUUCAUGUGCCUGUGCAGAUACCAGGCUCCACCUCAAAUAUAAAUGUCCCUGUUCAAUUGUCAGGUCCUACAAAUACAGUACCUUUACAAAUAGCUCCAGUCAGUCUUCCUCUUCAAGUGUCAGGGGCAACCAGUGUGCCUGUGCAAUUACCAGCUGGUGAAACUAUAAAUGUGCCCCUUCAAAUUCCUGCUGCCACUCAAAAUAUUCAAUUGACCACACCUGCAUUACCUUCUAUGCCUAUUUUGCAAAAUACCAACCAAUCUCUCCAUAACUCUAUAAUACAUGUCCAUAUGAGUUCAAAUACAAGGCCUACCAAUGUGGAUGGGACAUCUGACUUGACAGUAUCUAGUUCAUCACAGCUACAGAUACCUGACAACUCGGGGGUUCAAGUUAAAAUAAAUAAUCCCACGUCUGCUUCACAAGUGCAUGUUGGUGGGAACCCAGCUGUUGUACAAAUUCCAAAUACAACUAACAACUCCAUACAGUUGGCUCUACCAAAUAAUGGGAGCUCGGGCACUGUUCAGUUGAGGGGUGCGGCAAGGCCUGUCCCCCAUAUGGUGUACAUCCAGACACCAACAGGUCUGAAGGCUGUUACCAGCACUGAAGUUAUCAGCCAGGCCAGCACUAGUGGCAAUCCACCUCAAAUUAUUGUAAGAAGACCUGUUACCAGCAAUUCGAAUAUUUUAAUAUCAAAUGUUGGUAACAAACCCAACAUUGCACCUAAAGCACCCAGCCAAAACAAGUCUUCUCUGUUAGCUCCUGUUAAUACCACACAGCCCAUUGUUAUUCAAAAACCAAAAUCAAAUGAUAAAAUGAUGGUUCCAGUAAGCAUUGCCCCAGGAAAUCAAGGCAAGCAGGCCAUUGCCUAUCUAAGUUCUGUUAAAAAGCCGACUACCAAAUCUUUACCUGAUAACCAGUCAAUUUUAAUAUCAAACAAUCAGCCGAAUGUGCCAUCAGGCAACCAAAAACUAUUUCUAACCCCUAUGAAUAUGCCAAAAAUACAGAAUACUAAAUUUAUUCUUCCUGUAACUUUACCAGCAACUAUGGCAUCAAAAGGUCCCUUUAUCAAUCUUCAAAUAGCUAAUGGGCAGAUACAAAAUGAUCCACAGGGAAAUAUUACUGUAAUGAGAGAUCCUACACCCAUUGAAACCACUGAAAUACCACCAUUACAACCUUUGGGUAAAGUUGUUAGUGCUAAUGGCAAAGAUAACAAGAACUCGAUGCCUGAGAGUCCUAAAAGUGAGAAAGCAUACACUUUUUCAAUAUCAGGGUCACGAGCAGAGCCUACGGGGGAGCAAGGAGAGUAUACUUUGUCAAUACCAGAAACAAAUGCUUCUAUGAAUGAUGAUAUUUUUACUGUUUCUAUAGCUGAUGACGAAGGAGGACAGACUAGAGAAAAAUCAUUUACUUUGGCAAUUCCAGAGAAGGGAAAGAGUUUAUUAAAUAGAAAUAUUUUAGAUAGGAAUGAUAUACCAGGCCCAGUUACGAUCGCCGCUCCUGCUAUAUUGAGACGCUCUAAUUCAGACAACAGUGAAAGAAAAACUGCUAAUGCAAAUCUUAAAAGACGAAUCUCUCUUUGUAAUGAGAACUUGACAAAUAAGAAGAUUAAUUUGACUUCACCUCAGCAAAAACUUGAUAAAUCUGAUGACCACCACGAUUCUGACAAUAACGAUGAUCACAGAGUGCCAUCUUUGUUUUGCGAUGAAAAGUUGGACAAAGAUUUAGAAGCAAAAGUGAACUUAGGUGAUUCCGAUGAAGAUUUUAAAGAGGUGAAAAUGGAACCUAGUUCUGAGAAAGACGGCCAUACUAACAAUCAUGAUGUACUAUAUUAUCAUAAAACGGAUACAUUUGUAAAGAAAGAAAACAGUUUUAGUGCCCAAAAUAAAUUGAAUAGCCCUGUGGAAGAGGAUCCUCCAGGUUUAAUUUGGAGCAAUGGGAUUGCAGUGCUUCAAGGGAGUAAUUUACAAUUUCAGACUAAUGAGUUUGGUCUCAUCGAUUUAAUUGAUAAUAGUGACCAAGAGGAUGUACUAGCAAAUCCAAGUGCGAAGUACCACACUCCACUGAAGCAGCGCAUUGACAGAAAUCCUAGAGAAAAAAAGCCCACGUCCCCUGAAGAUAUGUAUCGCUGUGAUGGAUGUGGAUGUCAUGGCAUGGCUGCAGAUUUUAUUAAUCCCAAUUUCUGCAGUUCAACAUGUCAAAAUGAGGUGCAGAAAGCUUUACAAAAGAAGAAAGAUAAAGAAAAGGCAGAAUUGACUAAAAAGAAGAAUAAAAUGAGACGAAUAUUUAUGAAGAAGCAAUGGUCUGAUGAAAUGAUAAUGCAAGACAACAAGGAUGAUAAAGUAGUUUUAAAACAUUACGACUCCGCGCCUGCUGAGGUUCAGAGUGAUACCGCUAUAAAAAUGAGCGAGGAUUUGAUAGAAAAUGAGAAGUACCCUUGGAUGUGUGGCAAGAAUGGAUUCUCCUGGAUGCGGUAUCUGGAUAUCUGUAAAGCGAAGGCAGCACCUGUAAAGUUGUUUAAAGAUCCAUUUCCCUACCAGAUCAGGAACGGUUUUAAGAUUGGUAUGCGAUUGGAGGCGAUAGAUCCACAGCACCCAUCGCUAUUUUGUGUAGUAUCUGUGGCGGAAGUACAGGGCUAUCGGAUGCGGCUACACUUUGACGGAUAUCCGGAUUUGUAUGAUUAUUGGGUUAAUUCAGAUUCAAUCGACAUCUUUCCGCCGGGCUGGUGCGAGAAGAACGGUCGCACGCUGAAGCCGCCAGCCAACUACAAUACUUCUGUUUUCUCCUGGCCGAUGUACUUGAAACACAUGCGAGCGAUCGCUGCACCUAGACAUUUGUUCCCACAUAUCACUAACACGAUCUUCAAACCAAACUGCUUCCGAAUCGGGAUGAAGCUAGAAGCCGAGGACCGCAAGAACGAGCUGGUGUGCGUGGCGACCAUCACGGACAUGAUGGACAACCGCAUGCUGAUCAACUUCGACAGCUGGGACGAGAUGUAUGACUACUGGGUGGACCCAACGUCCCCGUACAUACACCCUGUUGGCUGGGCUGAGGAGAACGGCAUCUCGCUCACACCGCCAAACUUUUACAAGGACCCCGACGAGUUUUCCUGGGAGAGCUACCUGUCGGAGACUGGCGCGUCGGCGGCGCCGCCAAGAGCGUUCAAGACCCGGCCGCCGCAGGGGUUCAAGCCCGGCAUGAAGUUGGAAGUGGUUGAUCCGAGGGUGCCGUUUCUGAUCCGCGUGGCGAGCAUUAGCGAAGUGAAAGGUCACCAGGUGCGCGUAUCGUUCGACGGCUGGCCCGACGAGCUAGCCGUCUGGAUGGACGACGACUCGCCCGACAUACACCCCGUCGGAUGGUGCCUCAAGACCGGCCACCCGCUUGAACCGCCGCUCACGGCUGAGGAGCUGGCGGUGGAGGGCCCGUGCGGCGUGGGCGGCUGCCGCGGGCUGGGCUCGGCGCGCGGCGGGUCGCACAAGACGCACGGCGCCGCCUCCGCCUGCCCAUACCGCGCCCGCCGCCCGCACGCCGCCGCCGCCGCCGCCGCCGACCGCCUCGCGCCGCACCUGCAGCCCGCCGACCGCGCGCUGCCGCGCUCGCGCAGGGUACAUCCGAAAGCACCAAAGUCAAUAAACACCAGUACUCCGACUAGUGAUACCAAAGAAAAGCCACAACGAGGCAGACCACCGAAGCACAAGCGAGUGGACGAAGUCACGAAGAACGAUCCGGCGUCGGACGACGAGUCAGUGUCGAGCGGCGGCUGGAAGCGGUGGCGGGCGAGCAGCCGCCGCGCGCGCGCCGAGCGGCCGCUGCGCACGUACUCGCGCUCGUCCGCCGCGCCGCCGCCCGCCGCGCACCACCCGCCCCACCCGCCGCCACACUCGCCACACUCGCCACACUCGCCACACUCGCCACACUCGUCCCACUCGCCAGCCAGGGCCAUGCUAGCGCGGCACUUCGCUGAACUCGACCUGCCCUCCGAUCCCACCGUCUGGACGCAGAAGGAAGUGGUGGCGCUAGUAUCGCGCAUCGGCGGCGAAGCAGCAGGCACGCUGGCGGCGCGCGCGCGGCUGGCGGGCGCGGAGCUGGUGAUGGCGUCGUGCUCGGAGCUGGCGGCUGCGCUGCGCCUGCGCCUCGGGCCCGCGCUCAAGCUGCACGCCGCCGUGCGCCUGCUGCGCCGCGCCCUGCUGGCCGCGCCCGCCGCGCCCGCCGCGCCAGCCACGUCCGCCGCCUGCCACUAGGACCACACUCACCAACACAUAGUGACGAGUGAAGUGAAGUGAAGUGACAAUUUACAUAGUCCAAAUUGUUAAUUUUCAAUCACAUUUCCUCCAAUAAUCAGAUAAAAACUAUAUUCAAUUGAACAUUAACGUGUACAAACAUAUAACUGCACACUCUCCCCUCGGCUAAGUGACUAAAACACUACGAACUAGACCUAGAUGUGGCUGUUCGAGCAAUGGACGCCGAAGUGUGCAUACAUAGUGCUUCUUUAAUGAUUGUAUGAUAGUUAUCAUAAUAUAAACUAAGUGACAUGGUGAUCAUUGUAUAGUACGGACGCCGUUUGAUCUCUAGUAUCGUGCAAUACAGUGUUGUAAAUGAAUAUAUGUGAAGACAUGAAAUUGCUCAUUGUGACUCUCAAGUGUUGUUAAUUUAAUAGUACUAAAAAAAUUUAAUAUAAUCGGCCCCCGAGCUUAAGAUUUAUUAUUUUGAUAUUUGUACUAAAUCACUGAAUAUUUUUGUAAAUAAUUUGUGUAAUUAUAGUCAAUUUGCAGUUGACAAUAUUAAGUGAGAGUUAAUUUUAAUUUGCAUGAAGCAAUAAUAUGAAAUUAGCACAAAAUAGAUGAAGAUCAUGCUUUAAAUGAACUGGUUGUGAUAGUGUGAGAUCUAUUUUGUGUCGUGUAAUUGAUUGGGCAUGUAUUUUAGUCCAACUUGAAAUUAUUUCGAAUUAAUUUGAUCACAAAUUAAAUACUUUUGCAAAUUGGAAUAGUUAAAUUAUUAGAGAUAUAUGAAUGUAUGCUGGAUAGUGAGCCUAAUCGGAUUUUAAUCGAAAAUGUUAACAGAAAAUCAUAUCAAAGAAUCAAGAGAGUUUUAUAUAUCUGACUAUAUGCUUAGUUAUUUUUUUAUUAAUCACAUUUUUUCAUAUAUUGUCCAGAUUUCAAUUAAUGAUUACCAUUUACAUACAAUGAACACACAUACAGAAGAAUGGGCAGUAGUGUCUCCCUUAAAACAUCUUUAUACGCCUAACUGCAGUUGCUAACCCACCUGCCAAGCAUGGCAACUACUGGCAAAGCUUCCCUUAUGGAAAAACUUAUGUUCAUCAGAGGACAGUUAAGGGUUAAAAUGAUGAUGUUGAUUUAAAGUAAAUUUUCAAUUCAAAGUAAAUUUGGACAUAAGAGAGUCCUACUCUAUGUAUGGGGCUUUAUACUAUACUAGCAUUUACCCGCGACUUCGUCUGCAUGGCCAGAAUAUGUUCUUAAUCCAGUUAAAAUGUUGCCUGUAUUCUUCAUCCCAUAUAGUAUGUGUAUACCAAAUUUCAUAGUGAUUGGAUAAGCUGUUAAGACAUUAUAAGGUAACACAAACAAACUUACAUUCACACACACACACACACACACACACACAU